GAUGGUUUAACAGAGCUACUGAACUAGGGUUUUGUUUCGCUCUGUCUUCAAUUUUUUUGUUUCAGGAAAACACUCCGAUAAUCGAACAAACAUGAGAUCUCGCUUCCCUCCUCCAUUGAUUUCCACAUUUCUUGUUCGACCCCGUUCAAUAAAAGGACCUCUUUCAUCAUUUUCUUCAAUCUCCGACGAUAAUCCGUCGUUAGAACACGAAAUUCCGAUCUCAAAAUCCCAAUCUUUUGAUAAACCCAAUCAUCCACAGUCACUAAAUCUGAAAACCGAAAAACCAUUCUCACAAGAUCAAGUUUUGACUCAAACCCAUGUCACAGAAGUUCUACUUUCUCAUAGAAAUGACCCAAAUCUCGCCCUGACGCACUAUAAAUGGGCUACGAGAAAAAUGAUUAUACGAGAUAACGAGAUUAGUGACCCGUUUCUUGCUCUUGUUCAUAUAUUAAUAUGUUCAGAAAAACACUAUGGAACGGCUAAGAAGUUGAUUAGCAAAUGUGUUACAGAGCGUUCCUUUCCUGGGGCAGGUGAGCUCGUUUCCCAAUUUGUUUCUACUGCAGAGAGGUUUCAAUUUGAUUACAAUUCAAAUUCUAGGGUUAUAAAUUACUUACUCUGUAGUUUGGUUCGAGCCUCUCGAUUGGAAGAUGCUGUUAUUUGUUUCAGGAAAAUGAUUGAAAAAAAUAUCAUUCCAUGUGUUCCAUAUGUUCAUGUUCUCUUGAAUGCAAUGGUUAGGAAUAAUAUGUUCUCUGAAGCUCGAGUUACAUUCAAUGAUAUAGUAAGGAUGCAAAUUCCAUACGAUUGUGCUACAAUUCGAGUUAUGAUUCGUGGGAGUUGCCAUGAAGGUAAAGUUGAAGAAGCUGCAGAGUAUUUUUGGGAUGCAAAGGCAAAUGGGAUUGAACUCGAUGCAAUAACAUAUAGUACUGCUAUUCAUGCUAUUUGCAAGAAACCAGACGCCAUGUCAGCAUGUGCAUUGUUGAAUGAGAUGAAGGAAAAAGGAUGGAUUCCUUCUGAGGGAACUUAUACUAAUGUCAUUGUAGCUUGUGUGAAACAGAAGUAUAUGAUAAAUGCAUUAAGGUUAAAAGAUGAAAUGGUUGAUAAUGGUGUUCCUAUGAAUAUAGUAGCUGCCACAAGUUUGAUGAAGGGAUACUGUGUUAAUGGAGAUCUUCAUAGUGCUUUGAAUUUGUUGGAAAAGAGUGUUGAAAAUGGUCUUUGUCCAAAUAGGAUCACCUACUCGAUUCUUAUUGAAGGGUGCUUCAACAAUGGUGAUUAUGAAAAAGGUUUUGAAUUAUACAACCGAAUGAAAAACGAAGGUAUAAAACCAAAUGUUUACAAUGUCAAUUCUUUGAUAAUAAGGUAUUUUGAGGCUGGUUUGAUAAAAGAAGCUAUUAACCUCUUCGAUGAAGCUAUUGAAAAUGGUAUUGCGAAUGUAUUCACAUACAACAAUCUUAUUUCAUGGUUUUGUAAAGUGGAUAAAUCGAAUGAAGCUUAUAAUGUGUUUGAAAAGAUGAUGAAAAAUGGAGUUUCUCCAAGUAUUGUUACAUAUAACAACAUUAUACUCGGUUACUGCAAAAGUGGUGACAUGGAUGUUGCAUUGGAUGUGUUUAAAAAGAUGCAAGAAAAUGGUUUGAAACCGAAUGUUGUAACUUAUAGUAUUUUAAUCGAUGGGUAUUUUAGGAAAGGCAAAAAGGAGGAAGCUUUGACUGUCUUUGACCAAAUCUUGGAGUUAGGGUUUCUUCCAUCCGACUACACGUUCAAUAUACUCAUCAAAGGUUUAUCCAAACUUGGUCAAACAUCCGAGGCUUGUUUAAUGUUGGAAAAAGUCAAGAAAAUGGGGUUCAAUCCACAUUGUAUGACAUAUAAUAGCAUUAUAGAUGGAUUUAUCAAAGAAGGUAGUCUUAAUUCCGCAUUGGCUAUUUAUACUUCAAUGCAUGAAUUUGGUGUUACCCCUAAUGUUUUCACAUACACAUCUUUAAUAUACGGAUUUUGCAAAUUCAAGAACAUGGAUCUUGCUUUAAAAAUGAGGAAUGAGAUGAAAAGCAAAGGACUUGAAUUAGAUAUUGUAACAUACGGUGUUUUGAUAGAUGGAUUUUCCAAAAAUCGGGACAUGGGAAGUGCAAGUGAAAUCUUUAAUGAGAUUCAUCAAGUGGGAUUAUCUCCAAACACAACGGUUUACAAUUCCAUGAUUAGUGGAUUUAGGAAUCUUGAUAACAUAGAACAAGCUCUUGUUCUUCACAAAAAGAUGAUAAAUGAGGGGAUUUUAUGCGAUUUGGCUACUUACACUACAUUGAUUGAUGGAUUGCUUAAAUCGGGGAGAAUAAUUUGUGCUUCUGAAUUGUAUUUAGAGAUGCUUGGAAAGAAUAUAGAGCCAGAUGUUAUUAUGUAUACGGUUUUGGUCAACGGGCUUUGUAACAAAGGUCAACUAGAAGAUGCAAGGAAAAUCUUGGAAGAGAUGGGUAGGGAGGGUAGGGUUCCUAAUGUGGUUAUUUAUAAUUCAUUGAUUGGAGGGUAUUUUAGGGAAGGAAAUUUGCAAGAGGCUUUUAAGUUGCAUGAUGAGAUGCUUGAUAGAGGUCUUAUACCCGAUGAUAAAACUUAUGAUAUUCUUGUUAUGGGUAAAGUCAAAGAGGGUGAGUCAACUUCUUUCAAGUCAACAUGACAGAAAUUCUGUGAGCUACUUUUUUUAUUCUUCUGGUUUUGGUUCUAUGUUGUACAGUUGUUAUGAUAGUGGUGAUUUUGGUCUACAAGAUUCUGUUAUAUUAUCAUUUUAAAGGGUAUUUUAGGUAUUUGAGUAAUGAUCAGUUGUCUUCUUUUCUUAUAGUGUUGUUAACUAUAAGAAAGUUGAGUGAAAAGUCAUUCAAAGAAGGUAAAAAAAGGAGGGUAAUAAUGUAAUUGUAAUUAUUGUUUUCCUUAAGUAAUCAGCUUGAUUGAAGCA